AUGCGCAUUCUCUCUUGGAACAUUAAUGGUGUCCGAACUCUGCCAAAGUACCACCCCUGGAAUUCUUUCGCAUCCUUCGAUGGCGUACUUGACGCGUUGAACGCGGACAUUAUCUGUUUCCAAGAAAUGAAGUCGUCGCGUUCUCUGCUGCCGCGAGAUGUCGCCAUUCCUGAGGGCUACCAUUCCUUCUUCUCCUUCCCGGUCAAUAAAGGCGGCUACAGCGGCGUAGCAGUCUAUACAAAGUCAGCCAAUGUGACUCCACUAAAGGCAGAAGAAGGUCUGUCGGGCAUGAUACAGCCAAAGCCUCCGCUGUCCCAGGAAGAACGCGUCUCCCCUGCAUACCCGCACGCAUACGAUAUCGACGCGUUUUCUGACGAGAAUGGCCAUGUACCAUCUUCCUUUGAUGAGCUCGACGCCGAAGGACGUGCUCUAGUUCUUGACUUUGGCCUGUUCGUCCUCAUCAACGUCUACUGCCCCGCCGAGACGUCCGACGACCGGCUGCCCUACAAGAUGAACUUCCACCUACUUCUCGAAGAGCGCGUGCGGAAGCUGAUUGAAGAGGAGCAUCGCGAGGUCAUGGUUAUUGGCGACAUCAACGUUGCUGCCACGCCGAUGGAUCACCCAGAUGGACACUUGGCUAGCGUUGUUGAGACAUUUUAUGACCAUCCGCCUCGGGCAUGGCUCCGUAGAUGGCUGGACCCAAACGGACCUAUGGUCGAUGUCAUACGGACGUUCUGGCCUGAUCGGAAAGGCCUGUAUACAUGUUGGAACAUGAAGCUUCAAGCGCGAGAGACGAAUUACGGGGCACGUAUUGACUACAUCCUCGUCACUCAAGGCUUGCUGCCCUGGAUCAAACACGGCGACAUUCAAGCAUCGCUCAAGGGUUCUGAUCAUUGCCCUAUAUAUAUUGACCUGUACGACGAGCUUACAUUGGAGUCUGGGGAGACGGUCACGCUCCAUGACGCUAUGAAGCAGGGCACGAUCAAAGAUCCUCCUCGAAUAGCUGCAAAAUACUGGGAAGAGUUUGCUGGAAAGCAGACAGUAUUAUCAUCCUUCUUUGGCAAGCGGUCUGAGGUGCGACAUCAGGGCGGGCCGGAAUCACAACGAUCUUCUGAUCCGCCUGUCGUGAAUUCCGCGGGGCCUUCCUCUUCAUCACCAACCAGCAGCUAUACCCAUCCAUCGCAGCCGAAGCACUCCCCGCAUAAGCCUUCCCGGCCUGCAUUGAGGCCAACCACCGCGAAGUCUGGGCCUAGUUCUAUGACGAAGCGGAAAUCUUCCGACAAGUCAGCCAACAACGGGUCAAACAAGAAGACAAAAGUAGAGCCUGGUCAGGCCGGCAUCGCAUCCUUCUUUUGCAAACCCUCAAAGAAGUCUCCACCAAAGGAGGCAAUCGUAGUCGACUCUGAUACCGACUGCGACGAUGCCGAUACCGCACACACGGAUACCGCACACACAAGCGAAGACCAUAUCAGCGAUUCUCGUUCUUCCCAGGAUCUAUUAGCAUCUCAGGCUGCCCUCAUUUCAGAAAGCGAAGCAACUCAGAUACCCUCAAGUUCUCAGAACCACAGCAAGAGUGCUUGGUCCAACCUACUUGCCCCAUUGCAGCCACCCAAAUGUAUCGUACAUGACGAGGCCACAAAGUUGUACACCGUCAACAAGCCAGGACCGAACAAGGGCAAGACCUUCUACAUUUGCUCGCGUCCUGUCGGUCCUGGAUAUGACAAGGGCAAGGCAGAGCGACUGCGGGACGAGGUGGAUCAUCAGUACCGGUGCAACUACUUCAAGUGGGCAAGUGAAGUCAAGCGAGAGGCAUUGCAGAGUCGGCAAAGCAAGAGGAGCGGUCCUGUGGGGACCGACUCAAAAUCAUGA